AUGAUUCUGGAAGGAAGUGGUGUAAUGAAUCUCAACCCCAGCAACAACCUCCUGCACCAGCAACCAUCCUGGACAGACAGCUACUCCACGUGCAAUGUAUCCAGCGGGUUCUUUGGAGGCCAGUGGCAUGAAAUCCACCCUCAGUACUGGACAAAGUACCAGGUGUGGGAGUGGCUCCAGCACCUUCUGGACACCAACCAGCUCGACGCCAGCUGCAUCCCUUUCCAGGAGUUUGACAUCAACGGCGAGCACCUCUGUAGCAUGAGUUUGCAGGAGUUCACCCGGGCGGCUGGGACGGCGGCGGGGCAGCUCCUCUACAGCAACCUGCAGCAUCUCAAGUGGAAUGGCCAGUGCAGCAGUGACCUGUUCCAGUCCACACACAAUGUCAUUGUAAAGACUGAACAAACUGAUCCUUCCAUCAUGAACACCUGGAAAGAAGAAAACUAUUUAUAUGACACCAACUAUGGUAGCACAGUAGAUUUGUUGGACAGCAAAACUUUCUGCAGGGCCCAGAUCUCCAUGACAACCACCAAUCACCUUCCUAUCGAUCCUCGGGGGACUCACUUAUGGGAAUUCAUCCGUGACAUCCUCCUGAACCCAGACAAGAAUCCAGGGUUAAUCAAGUGGGAAGACCGAGCCGAGGGAAUCUUCAGGUUCUUGAAAUCAGAGGCUGUGGCUCAAUUAUGGGGGAAAAAGAAAAAUAACAGCAGCAUGACUUAUGAAAAACUCAGCCGUGCUAUGAGAUAUUACUACAAAAGAGAAAUUCUGGAACGUGUGGAUGGAAGAAGACUGGUAUAUAAAUUUGGAAAGAAUGCGCGUGGAUGGAGAGAAAAUGAAAACUGA